AUGAGUUCAAACCAGACAUUCGUUACCUAUUUCAUCUUGCUUGGACUGACAGAUCUAACGGAGCUUGAGUUAACCCUCUUUGUCUUUUUUUUACUUCUUUACAUAGUAAGCUUUAUAGGCAACCUUUCUGUCAUGGUGAUCAUCAUAUGCGAUCAUAGUCUUCACACACCAAUGUAUUUCUUCUUGUGGAACUUGUCAUUCCUUGACAUUACCUAUUCUUCUGUUGUUGUUCCCAAGAUGCUUGCUGACUUCCUAGCUUUGGAAAAAAACAUCUCCUUUAUUGGCUGCGUCUCGCAAAUAUUUUUCUUCCAUUUUCUCGGAAGUGCGGAAAUCAUGCUUCUCUCAGCGAUGUCCUACGACAGAUACGUGGCCAUCGGAUAUCCUUUGCGUUAUUCCAACAUCAUGAACGCCAAGGUUUGCCUUCAUUUGGCAGUAGGUUCUUUGACCACAGGGUGCUUUCACUCUCUCUUACACACCUUGAUGACGGCAAAGCUUCCUUUUUGUGGACCAAACCUGGUGAAUCACUUCUACUGUGACAUUAAGCCACUCCUGGAGUUGGCCUGCACAGAUACAGGUUACAGCGAUUCCAUGUUCUAUAAAAAUCAGUCAUUGUUGAAGGAGUUUGUCUUGUUUGGUCUGACUGAUAUAAGGGAACUUCAGAUAAUCCUGUUUGUUUUUUUCUUGAUCAUCUACUUGUUGAUCUUGAUCGGGAAUUUCUUAAUCAUGGUGGUCACCUUUCUGGAUCAAAGUCUUCACACUCCUAUGUAUUUUUUCUUAUGGCAUUUAGCAUUGCUGGAUAUCUGCUACGCUUCUGUCGCUGUCCCCAAAAUGCUUACUGAUUUCCUCGCUGUGAAGAAGACCAUCUCAUUUGGUGGUUGUAUCUCUCAAAUACACCUUUUUCACUUCUUUGGAAGCACAGAAGUCAUACUCUACUCAGUAAUGUCGUACGACCGCUAUGUUGCCAUAGGAUAUCCUCUGCGAUACUCCAACAUCAUGAGUGUAAAAGUUUGCACACACCUAGUGUUAGUCUCAUGGAUAACUGGAUUUUUCCAUGCACUCUUACAUGCUGUGAUGACUUCAAGGCUUCCAUUUUGUGGGCCAAAUGUAGUAAAUCACUUCUUCUGUGAUGUUAAACCAGUCAUAACAUUGGCUUGUGCUGACACGUCACUGAAUCUGAAGCUUGUUAAUAGGGUUACUGGAACCUUGGUCACAAUUACCUUACUUCUCACACUUCUCUCAUAUAUCUUUAUUGGAAAAUAUCUUAUAAAGAUACGUACCUCAAAGGGUAGGAAAAAAGCCUUCUCCACCUGUAGUGCUCACUUCAUUGUUGUUUCCUUCCAGUAUGGAACAGCCCUAUUCACCUAUAUGAGGUCUUCUACAAAUGACUCCUUAAACCAAGAGAGAACUACUGCGAUCCUCUUCACUGCCAUAACUCCUUUGCUAAAUCCUGUUAUUUAUACUUUGAGGAACAAAGACAUGAAGAGCGCAAUGAAUCGAGUAUUAAGGAGAAUGUUUCUUUGA